AGUUACGACACUCCAUGUAGGUUAGAUGAAGCCUCUGAAAUAGAUGCAGAAUGGUUCACUUCAGAAUUUCUAAAUGAUGUUAAGUGCUCUGGUAUUCCCAACCACAUAAUUGUUCUCAAAGCUGGUGCCCCUAUCAUGCUAAUUCGGAACAUUGAUCAGUCUGCUGGAUUGUGUAAUGGGACUAGAUUGAUAGUGACCGAUUUGACACCUUAUAUCAUUGUUGCAACAACUCUCUCCGGUUCUAAAACAGGUAAACCAGUUUAUAUUCCUAGGCUUAGCUUAACUCCUUCUGACAUUGACCUUCCUUUCAAAUUCUCAAGGAGACAGUUCCCUAUUACUGUUUGUUUUGCUAUGACUAUAAAUAAGAGCCAAGGCCAAUCGCUAUCGCAUGUUGGAUUAUACCUUCCUAGGCCGGUGUUCACGCAUGGCCAGCUAUAUGUAGCUCUGUCGAGAGUAAAAUCUAGAAAAGGGUUGAAGAUACUUAUAGUCGAUGACAAAGGAGUAGUAUCUAAUUGCACUCGGAAUGUCGUGUAUGAAGAAGUAUUCCAGAACAUAUAAAUGGUUAGAUUAUCUAUCUUUGAUUUCGUACUUCUUUGUAUCAUGCACAUUGUAUUAAGCAUCCUGUAUUUUUUUUUUUUACUUAUUUAAAUCAUUU